AUGGAGCCGCGCAUUUUAGCGGUCAAUAAACCUCCUCCGACCCUCUAUGCGAUACCCAGAGGAUUUCAGAACCGCCGCAUUAGCUGCGGUCGUCGCCGCGUCUUCACACCGGCCGCCUGCCGCCGCUCCUCCACAGAGUCCGGCGGUGAGGCGUCCCGACCCAGGCGGCGAGAUGUUCUCAUCACUCCCUUCCUCGCCGCCGCAGCUCAUUACGCUCUCCGGUCGUCUGCGGCGGCGAAGGCCGAUGAGAAUCUGGCUCCGGAAUUAGGGGAACAAGCAGGAGAUCCGCCGCUGCCGGAGGAGGAAGAGGAGAUAAGCUCGAGGAUAUACGACGCGACAGCAAUCGGGGAGCCGCUGGCCCUGGGGAAGGAGAAUCGGAAGAAAGUGUGGGAGAAGAUGAUGUGCGCGCGGGUUGUGUACCUUGGAGAGGCCGAGCAGGUUCCGGUUCGAGACGAUAAGGAGCUAGAGCUUGAGAUCGUGAGGAAUUUGAGGAGGAGAUGCGCGGAAGCUGACCGGCCAAUUGCUUUGGCUCUGGAAGCUUUUCCCUGCGAUUUGCAGGGGCAGCUCGAUCAGUUGAUGGAUAAGAGGAUUGAUUUUGGGGCCUUAAAAUCCCGCGUAACACAUUGGUCGCCCCAGCUUUGGCAAGAAUACGAGCCUCUACUGACUUUCUGCCUUGAUAAUCGGGUUCGCUUGAUUGCCUGUGGUGUGCCACUUGAGGUAUUACGAACAGUUCAAUCAGAAGGAGUCCGUGGGCUUUCUAAAGCCGAUCGUUCGGAAUUCGCUCCUCCAGCUGGCUCGGGUUUCAUCUCAGGCUUCCCUUCCAUUUCCAAACGAUCCUCUCUAGUGAAAAACUUAUCCAGCCAAUCAGCUCCUUAUGGCCCCAGGUCGUACCUUUCUGUUCAAGCCAGAGCUGUCGAGGACUACACGAUGUCCCAGAUAAUCUCGCGAGCCGUGACAGAUGGUGGGCCCACUGGAAUGCUAGUGGUGGUGACAGGUGCCAGCCACGUGGCAUACGGGUCGAGGGGAACCGGGCUGCCAGCUAGGAUUUCGAGAAAAUCGCCGAAGAAGAAUCAAGUGGUUGUGCUGCUCGACCCGGAAAGGCAGUACAUACGGAGAGAGGGUGAAAUCCCCAUGGCGGAUUUCUUGUGGUAUUCUGCCGCCAGGACUUGCAGCAGAAAUUGCUUUGAUCGAGCUGAAAUUGCUCGGGUUAUGAAUGCAGCUGGAAGGAGGAGGGAUGCUUUGCCCCAGGACCUACAAAAUGGUUUAGAUCUUGGCCUUGUAUCGCCAGAGGUUCUCCAAAAUCUUUUCGAUCUGGAGCGAUAUCCUAUUAUCUCAGAAUUGACGAGUCAUUUCCAGGGAUUCAGGGAGAGGCUAUUAGCUGAUCCGAAAUUUCUUAACCGACUAGCCAUAGAAGAAUCCAUCUCAAUAACUACCACCCUCCUCGCACAGUACGAAAGGCGAAAGGAGAAUUUUUUCGAAGAACUCGAUUAUGUCAUAACGGAUACAGUGAGGGCAACAAUCGUCGAUUUUUUCACUGUCUGGCUUCCGGCCCCAACAUUAUCUUUCCUCAACUAUGAUGAUAAUAUUAAUACCUCAGCUAAUGGCAUGAAUGCAUUAAAGGGCCUUCUUGGGUCCAUUCCGGACAAUGCUUUCCAGAAAAAUAUUGGCGGGAAGGACUGGAAUUUGAGUCAAAGGGUUGCCUCGGUGAUUGUUGGUGGUCUUAAGCUGGCUGGUGUCGGAUUUAUUUCGAGCGUUGGUGCAGUGGGCUCGAGCAAUUUGCUGUAUGCCAUCCGGAAGCUUCUCAACCCGACGUUUGGUAGCGGGCAGCUGAAUAAACGGUCCCCUGUACUGAAAACAGCAGUCGUGUAUUCGUCUUUUCUUGGGUUUUCGGCUAACCUGCGUUAUCAGAUCAUUGCAGGAAUAGUGGAGCAUAGGCUUUCAGAUAAGUUCUCUGAUCAGCCAUUGAUCGUAAAUAUGAUAUCAUUCGUGGCUCGAACGAUAAACUCUUACUGGGGAAACCAGCAAUGGAUCGAUCUGGCAAGAUAUACAGGAGUACAGUCUCGUAAAAAUGAAGAAGUUAGCUUUCAAACUCAAGAUCCUUCAACUGCUGCCGCAUUAGAAUGCAAUGGCGUAAAAGAUAAUGACAUUGAUGAGACGAACAAGAACAAGACAGUGUGA